AUGAUUUUGACACUCCUUUUCGCACUCGACUGCCUUGUCUCUUUAGCUCAAGCAGCCGUCGGCCCGGCUGCGAUUCUGAAUGUCGCAAAUCAGGUCAUUGCCCCCGAUGGGUUCCAGCGUUCAGCCGCUCUUGUUAAUGGAGUAUACCCGUCGCCGUUGAUCAUAGGCAAUAAGGGUGACACCUUCAACCUCAACGUCGUCAAUUCCUUGACGGAUGCGACGAUGUUGCGGAGUACAAGCAUCCACUGGCACGGAAUACUCCAACAUGGAUCGUCUUGGGCCGACGGUCCCGUCGGCGUUAACCAGUGUCCUAUUUCCCCAGAUCACUCGUUCCUAUACACGUUCUCUGUUCCGGAUCAAGCGGGCACCUUCUGGUACCAUUCACACUUCGGAACCCAAUAUUGUGACGGUCUGAGAGGCCCGCUGGUUGUUUACGACCCAAAUGAUCCUUACAAACAUCUCUAUGAUGUGGAUGACGAGUCCACUGUUAUCACUCUCGGCGAAUGGUACCAUACCCCCGCCCCUUCAGCCGUUGGUGUUCCCUCUGCUGAUAGUACCUUAAUUAACGGCAAGGGCCGUUCUGUCGGAGGUCCUCUGGUAGAUCUCGAGGUACUCCGCGUGGAGCACGGGAAGAACUAUCGAUUCCGACUGGUUUCGCUUUCUUGCGAUCCUAACUAUAUCUUUUCCAUUGACGGCCACCAACUUACAGUUAUUGAGGUCGAUGGGGUGAACACUCUGCCCUACACCGUCGAUCAAAUUCAAAUUUUCACUGGCCAACGUUACUCGUUCAUCCUAAAUGCUACGCAACCUGUGGAUAACUACUGGGUUCGUGCGCUCCCCAAUAACGGGUUGAAUGGUCUUGCUCGUGGAUUUACGAAUGGUAUCAAUUCUGCGAUCCUUCGGUAUGCGGGUGCUACAGAGGCAGAUCCUACAACAUCACAACAAACGGAUCCGACGCUCCUUGAUGAGUCACAACUUGUCCCUCUCGAAGAUCCCGCAGCUCCGGGUCCCCCUACUCUUGGAGAAGCCGACGUCAGCAUCAACCUCGCGUUAAGCUUCAACCGCACCAACGCUAGAUUCUCUAUCAACGGAGCGUCGUUCGAACCCCCUUCAAUCCCGAUCUUGUUACAGCUUCUUAGCGGAGCUCGGAAUGCUCAAGAUAUUCUUCCCGCAGGAUCAAUCUAUACUCUUCCACCAAAUAAAGUCAUCGAGGUCUCCAUUCCGGCUGGCGUUGUAGGCGGUCCACAUCCAUUUCAUCUUCAUGGACAUCCCUUUAGUGUUGUCAGAAGCGCUGGAGCCGACGCUAGCUACAACUAUGUCAAUCCCGUUAGAAGAGACGUUGUGAGCCUUGGUGCCGCUGGAAGCAACGUAACUAUUCGCUUCACAACCAACAACGCGGGGCCAUGGAUCAUGCACUGUCACAUCGAGUGGCAUCUAGAGCUCGGCCUCGCCGUCGUCUUUGCAGAAGAUACCCCCAUUGCUGGUGCUCAAAAUACUCCAGAUUCUUGGAAGGAAUUGUGCCCCAUUUACAAGGCAUUGCCGGCCACAGCGACCUCGGUGACGAUUGUUCCUACCGUCCCUUGA